AUGAAUCGGACUGUGAGGUGUGAACAGAUCCGUCCCGUCUGUAGUGGUGGCGACAUGGUGCCAGGUCGUAGCGGUCAUCGGAUUAUCUGCAUCGCCAAUGAUAUAUACGUCAUCGGUGGAUACGUUCAAUUACCGACAGGCCUGGAGGUGUUGGGCGAGGUGUGGGCAUUUAACCUCCUGGCAGAGAGAUGGCGGCGGCUCAACCUCCCAAACUGUCCCUUCCGCCUCGCUCUCUCCGCUUGCGCUCUCGCCGUCGGGAAUCGCGUACUCAUCCACGGUGGUACAGGCAUUCCCUUUGCAGAGGAGAUCAACAACACUGUCAUUGAGAUUGAUGUGGUCACGGAGCAGUGCAAAGAGCAUGCCUGUGUCCCUAAGAAUGCAGAUGAGAAAAACAUUCCCGAGGCGACCUAUGGCCACUCGCUGACUUACGUGUGCCUAUCUGAGGAUGAGAAUAAUUCCAAGUCUCUGGGUGGGGGUAUGCUGGUCAAGGUAGGCGGAGCUCGAGGCGCACCCUACUCUAACGUGGUGAGCGCUUUCUCCUUCUCCACGGGAACGUGGGAGAGACUUUUCGGUGGUGAAGGGGUAGAUUCUCUGGAAACUUUCACACCUAGAUAUCGACAUGAUGCUAUUUUCUGGAAUGAGGAGUUGUACAUAAUCGGAGGAACCAAUUUCCAAGGCAGUCUGCCAUUUUGGCCGAUGCCUGUCUUUGACAUACGAAGGCGGGGAUGGCGGUACGUCAACUUUUCCGGUAGAUGUCCCCCUCCCAUUCGAUAUUCAUGUUCUGUUCACUUCGAUAAUGUUGUUUACACGACUGGUGGAGUAAUGGACGAAACUGAUGAACUCAACAACCUGGUCUUUGCGUUUAAUUUGGAAUCGCUGGUCUUUUACAUCGUUGGAAGCCAGCCGCUACCCACAUUCUUUCAUGACCUGACCGUCGCUCCUGGACGUUACGAGUUCUUCUCCUUCGGCGGUGUGAGAGAGGAAACGCGAGUGAACCACUUGCACCGCUUCCGCUUGGUGCACCGACCGAGCAGCCUAGCGGAGCUGUGCUGGCAGCAGGUCGCACGUCUCCUUCGUGCUUUCUUCCCACCUGACCUUGCGACGCCGCACCUCCUCCGAGUGCUGCGUGCCGCCUCUACACCCCUUCUCGGCCUUCCUUCCGCCGCCUCCACUUUUGACACGUCCCCUGCUGCGCCUGGCGUCAUCGCGGUGGCCAGUGACACUGCAUCUGGCAGUGUGCAGAGUCUCUUCGCCUACACAAAGUCUAUUUUCUCGUAUCUUCUUAGCCACCUAGGAUAUAUGGAGAGGAAACAAAGAUACCUUUUAGUAGAACCCACAUCAGAUUCGGCAGAGGUGUUCUUCGAUUCAAUGAUGGCUGUAGUCACAGACAUCGUCAACUCAACUAAAGAGCGUCAGCUGGAUCCGGUGGAGUGCGUGUCAAUCUUUUUGACAGUCCUCUUUUAUUGCAACGGCGCACCCCUGCAAUAUGUGACACGUCUGCCCUACGGCUUUCGUUGCCUCAAUACCGUCUGCCGCUACAUGGAGAAGUUAUCGGGAAACGUGGAUGCUGAGGAGUCCACAAGGCCGUACAAGAGAAUGUACUUCGCUCCCGCGUGA